UAUAAGAUCAAAUUCUUUCUAUUCGUUACCGAAGCUUCGUGUAUGUAACGAACUAUGAAUAGAUCAUGUUAAGAAUCUCUUUAGUGUUUUUUCAUUGUAAAAAGAUGUUAAUAAAUAAAUUAAUCUUAUAAAAUUACAAAUCCAGUGACAAUUCUAAAUUAUUAUUAAAGUAAUUAAGUACUUAUAUUUUGUAUAAAUUAUUGUUUAUUAUUAUAAAAAAAAAAACAAUUCAAAUAAGAAGAAAGAAAUUCAAUGUAUGAUAAAGUGAAACAUGUUUAUAAGAAAUAGUAAUGGCAAAUCAACUUGCCUGUAACCUAGUAACGUUGAUUAUUAAAGCAUAUCAAUUACAAACGUAUUCAUUAUUAUUGCAAUAUAGUAUACAAUCAAAAAUAGGUUUCUUUAAUUUAUUAACGAUACAAGUGAUAAGAAAGUAUUCUUUUAAUACUUAUAAAUAUAAUGGGUUUUAUAAAAAGAAUAUGUAUAAUACUUCUGCACAUAUAAAGCCUGAUCGAUCAUUAAUUAUUAAUUUAUCAAAUAUUCUUUCAAUUAAUAAGUAUGAAGCAUUAAAAAUCUGGAAAGGUAUUAUUAAAUGUAAAGUAUUAACAAAAGAAGAGAUAAUAAAUAUGAUUACUAUCGCAAAUAAUGCUGGUUUGUCAGUAUCUUCAAUUGUAGAAAACUUACCAAUACUGAUAGAAAACAUUAAUAGUUUAGAAGAAAAAAUUGCUUGCAUCAAAAAUAUUGACGAUGAUAUCUCUGAAAUGCUUUCAUUACUAAACAUAAAUAAAAAAUAUUUAAGUGUAUUAAUGUUUAAUGAAGAGACAAUUGAAGGAAAGAAAAUAAAUAAAAUUAAAUAUCUUGCAGAUGAAUUACAUUGUAGUGUCCAUACAUUGUGUGAAUAUAUUGAAAAAGAACCCUCAGUAAUAGCACUUUCUAUUAGAAGAAUAAAAGAAGUUAUAAAAACACUGAAAGAAUUUGAUUAUGAAUUAAAGGAUAUAUUAAUUGCUCUUUGGGUAUUUAAUUAUAAUGCAAGAACCAUACACAGAAGAUCAUCAAUGAUGAAAGCAGCAGGAAUGAAAAAAAUAAUGCCUUGGAUACUUCGAGGUUCUAUACAUGAAUUAAGCAACCAUAUAAAAACAUUAAAGAAAACAGAAAUGUUAGAGGAAAUUUAUGGUAAACAUGUGGAUUUCUUAAGUAAAAAAUUAAAUAUGACUGAAGAUGAAAUUAAAUUUUAUGUUAAUAGAGCACCAGAUUUGUUAGAUGUAUCAAUAAAUAAAUUAGAUAAAGUAAUAAAUAUACUGUAUGAAUAUGGAUAUAAUAGUCAAGAUAUGUUAAUGUAUUAUCGUGUUUUCUUACUUAGAACAACAUUACUAGAAGAACGCCUUAAAAUAUUACAACAAUUACGGGGAAAACAUAGACUAUCAUUACUAUAUUGUAAUUCAAAGAUCUUCGAAACUGUAGUUAAAAGUACAUAUAAACCUAAUACUAAAACAAUACCUGAUGAUAAAACAAUACCUGAUGAUAAAACCAUACCUGAUGAUACUGAUGAUAAAUAAAUCUAACAAGUAAUACAUAAAUUUGCUAUACAGAAUUGCUAAACGAUUUGAUAUAAUUUAUGUAAUAAAUUUAUAUAUUCAAAAUAUCUCUGUUACUAUAUUCUUUAUAUAUAAAAUAAUGUUAAUCAAAUAUAAAAAUAUAUAUAACAAAAAUAUAUCUAGAUUAUAUAGGAUUAAUAAUAAAAGUUUUGUGAAAGGAUAUAUAAUUGAUAUUAAUGUAAGGAUACUGCCACUUAU